AUGGCCAAAGCACAGUACUCAGCCGGGCUUCACUUCAUCGUUAGAACAUCCGAUCAAGCCCCUAACAAGGAGGACCGUCGAGCGGUUAUGAGCCAUGCUGCAAAACGCCGGUGGAAAAGCCGAAAGACCCCCAAACUCCAUUCCUGGAUUGAUCCCGAGCGCAGCCUGGGAGAUGUGGAGAAACACGAAGAAUCACUGGCUCCCUCUGUCCUCCCAAUGCUGGGUCUCAAUCAUUUUGGUGGGGAUUUAAACGGAACGCCGUUACCUUCGGGUAUCGAGCCCGCGAUGGUUCAGGAUCUAGUCAAAUUGAUUGAGCUCGAUAAGAACGGAGUGUAUCCAUACGAAGUCUGUCUCCGUGUUCAUCCCGUGCAAAGAGGCUGGUUCGCAUACAUGAUCAGCGAUAUCUGCUGUAUACAUUCCAUGAUGUUCUCAGUUCGAGCGUUCGUCGAUAACAUUUCCUCCCUCGAGCAAAUUAGCAAGGCGGCAGCCUUUCACUACGACCAAACCCUGCGACAUCUUCAAGCUCGAAUCAAUGUGUUUGAGCACACUGCCUGGGAUCCUGCUUUGAGCGAUUGCACUAUUAUGGUAAUCCUGAAUCUAGCUCAAGCUGCAGAGAUCACAGGCGAUCUUGAGGCUGCACGGAAUCAUGUGAACGGACUUUUGAGAAUCGUCAGCCUGCGAGGCGGAUUACGGUCAUUGCACGCGCAUAAUAAUCUUCAAGUCAAAGUUUGCAGGGCCGACUUAGGACUUGCAAUGAGGUUCGGCACACUACCACGCCUCUUCCAAGACGACAUCGAAUGGAGUUGCUUCAUCGCGGACCGAGGGUUGAUUCGCUGCCAGCACGGGGAUUUUGAGACUCAAGUUCGAACUUUCAUCGAUGGUCUCGACUCGCGACUGCGAGACUGCUGGAAAGACGCUCACGCCUUCUCGUGUCUGAGCAACCUGACUUAUCAGACCACGCGCAAAUUGUCUCCAGGAACGUACUGUGAGAUGAUGAUCUCAAUACUUUACCGACUCAUGCAUCUGUCCAUGAAGCAAGACACGCUUCAAGAAGCAGUGCGGCUCGGCUUGCAAGCUUUUUGUACGACUCUUUUCAUGACACGGCACUAUCUGGACAAACCUUAUGAACAGCUUGUUGAGAAAUUCAGAACUGCUCUGUACGGCGUUUUUCAUGUCUCAGCUAUCGUUGUUCCUGACCUCAUCAUGCUGUGGUUCAUGAUGCUCUACCGUAUAGUAGCCUACAAAGAGCCACUGGCGAGUGAUUGGGAGAGUGUCCAACUGGAACAGGCUGUUCUCUUGACUGGGGUUACCACGUGGCCUCAUGCGCAUUCCAUGUUGAAGUCUGUCAUGUGGGUUGGCUUUGUCCAUGAUUCUCCCGGCGUCCGAGUAUUUGAGGCAGCCAGAAUACGACUGGAGAAGCCCAAGGAGAUUGAUGGCCAGAAAAACGAGGACCGCCGCCACUCAGGUGCCAAUACUGAGCUAGGCUGA